UUAUUUGCGAUUGACAUAUUUUGUUUAAUAAUUUAUUUUACCUUAUCAAUUAUCAGCUGUUGAAUGUUUUAAGUGUUUACAGUUUAACGUGUCUUUUUUGUGCACAUAAUAACUUAAGUACAAAAAAAUAAAUAAUUUUCUUCUAGAAUUAAUAGAAUAUUCGAUGAUACUAAGUAACAAAAUGUACCUCCUGGAUGGCAGCUUUAUCAGUGGUGUAACACCUUAUGUAGAUAUUGACAGUGUUAUGAAACAUCCACUUUGGGGAUCACAUUUGCUUUUAAACAACGAAGAUGCUGUUAUUCGUGGGCACAAAGAUUACAUUAAAGCUGGAGCCGAUUUUUUAACCACCAUCACAUACCAAGCGAGCAUUAGAGGCUUUCAAAAAUAUUUGGACCUAGAUUAUGAUCAGAGUUAUGAAUUGAUUAAGAGAUCUGUAAUAAUUUGUCGGCAAGCAAUAACAGAGGAAAAUGUAGAACGAAAUAUACAAAUAAUGGGAUCUGUUGGUCCGUAUGGCGCCUCAUUACGUGAUUGUUCAGAAUAUAAUGGUAAUUACAUUGACACCAUGAAUUUAAAAGAGUUAUAUGAUUGGCAUAAGCCUCGAAUUCAAGCAUUGGUGGAGGCUGGAGUCGAUGUAAUGCUUUUUGAAACCAUACCUUCUGUCAUUGAGGCUACUAUUUUGCUAAACAUACUGACUGAAUUUCCAAAUCAAAAAGCAUGUUUAUCGUUCUCAUGCAAGGAUGGCAAUCAUUUGAGUCACGGUGAAACAUUUUCAAGUGCUGUUGAAAUGUUCUGGUCAAACGAUUACUGUAAACAGUUAAUUGCCAUUGGUAUGAACUGUUUGCACCCAAAAUUUAUUACACCACUUUUGAUGUCUGUAAAGACUAAAAAUGUUAAUUUUAUUACUUAUCCAAACGGAGGUGGCAUUUGGGAUAUCACUAAAAAUUGUUAUGAUGAUACUCAAAUAUAUAAAGUUUCUAUAGAUGAUCUUAACAUAUGGAAUAAAAAAGGAUUAAAAAUAUUUGGAGGCUGUUGUAAAACUGAUGCUAUUGAAAUAGCACGUUUGAGAAGUUUAAUAGAUGAUCUACAUUUAUAAUGCAAUUUUUAUAAUUUUAAUGUUUUUAUGAUUUUUGUUUACAUGUUAUUGUUAAUUAUGGACUUUGAUGUAAAAUGUAUUUAUAUUUUUU